AUGGUUUGCUGCGUCCCCGGAAAGACAAUGACGACGGAACAGGGUGAUGUGAAGGUUGCGAUGCAGCCGACGUUUGCUGAGAUGAAGGCUAUCGCCGACAAGAUCGCCGCGACCCCCUUCGUUGAGGGUGGCGACGAAGAGGCCAUCCCGUUCCCCAGCUACGACGGGGUGAAGAAAUGCGCGUACGAGUCGGAGGCACCAGUGAAGGACCAGUUAGAGGCGAAGAUCGUGGCCGGCAAAGAUCUCGCGCCCAAAAUGCGUCCCCUCGGAGCUGCCCAAACCGCUUUGGACUUCGUCGGCAACACCCCCUUGAUCAAGCUCGAUCGACUCAAGAAGGCCUUGGCGCUGCCGGAAAAACUCGAGCUCUACGCUAAGUGCGAAUGUUACUCCGCAGGCGGUUCUUUUUCUUCUCAAAUGAAUUUGAAAGAAAGACGGACGAUGGAUAGAAUUUCUGAGUGACAGUUUUUCUUUCACGACUUCGAGCUGUAGCAUUCAAGUUAGUAUCUUUCGAUCAUGUGCUCAUUCGCAACUCCAUCAGGCAUUUUGUUUUCGUUAUGACAUCUUCGAAGAACAAACAAGAAACAUUUACAUUUUCCUCAAUAGAUUAGUCCCGUAGGUUCCGUCAAGGACCGAAUUGCGCUCCGCAUGAUCGAGGAAGCUGAGAAGGAUGGUCGCAUCAAGCCAGGAGAUGUGCUGAUUGAGCCUACUUCGGGUAACACUGGAGUCGGAUUGUGCAUGGCUGGCGCUAUCAAGGGAUACAAGGUAGAGAUGAGCAACAAAAUCAAAAAUACAAUGAGAAGUUCAUCUACAGAUUCAUCACAUCUUUAAUUUUUUUAUAACCUCUCUCUCCUCUUUCUGCUUUUGGACGUGCUGAAUCGACUUAAUAUUACAAGAACGUCUACUUAUGUAUGUACCAGGGAGGGAGGCCCCCCCUGUGGAUGGAUCUGGUGCAGCACAGUGUUGGAAGAGCGACGAGAGCAGAACGAGGGACGAGAGCAGAACAAGGGACGUCUGUUGGGUAAUUGCAACACGCCAAGGGGGUCCAGCCUUGCCGCCUUCGCCAGGUCUGUAGGGUAAUUGCAACACGCCAAGGGGGUCCAGCCUUGCCGCCUUCGCCAGGUCUGUAGGGUANAGGGGGUCCAGCCUUGCCGCCUUCGCCAGGUCUGUAGGGUAAUUGCAACACGCCAAGGGGGUCCAGCCUUGCCGCCUUCGCCAGGUCUGUAGGGUACAGGCAACACGCCAAGGGGGUCCAGCUUUGCGACCUUAGGCAGGUCGGUGGGGUACAUGCAACACGCCAAGGGGGUCCCGCCUUGCCACCUUUGCCACCUUCGGAAGCCUUCCAAGUCCGCCCUUCAGUGCUUCAGCGGCCUCCUCCAUGGUGGCGCUGUAGGGUCCAGGCAAGAAGCGGGAAGGGGUCAGAGGCGGGCGCUUCGAGGCCUUCCCGCCCAGCCCCCCCUCAAAAAGUUAGACCGGGGGGGCCUUCAGCCCUGAGCCCUGGAGCAUGUAUAUCCGUAUCAGUCUGAUCUCUGUGCCAGGUUAUCAUCACCAUGCCGAUGAAAAUGAGUGGUGAGAAACUGAAUAUGAUGAAGGCACUUGGCGCCGAAAUUUACCGUACCCCGACUGAGGCUGGCUGGAACGACACCAACAGCCACAUCGCCUUGGCUUUGCGGUAUUAUUCUUGUUCUCUCUACUAUUCCCCUAUGACUGCUACUUCCAUCAAUACCCCUGUAAAUUUGGUCUGAUGGAACAUAGUUUUUAACAAGAAGAUAUCACCAAGAACAAGAAGAAGAGCAACCACAACGAUAUUCUUAUAUCAAAAGAAAUAGGUAGUAUGUAACCAAUUAUAUCAGGCAGCAGAUUCGCACCUAGAAAAUUAUCAGUUGAAGAUGUUUGCAAGAGAUUCUUAAUCGUAAAAAAUCUUUCCUCGUCCCUAUACAAAGUUAAAGAUGUUGUUGCUCGGCAGAAAACUUUUUAUCCAACUUCAUCUGAUCGACCCAGAUUGCAACGUGCUAUUCCCUGUGCCCACAUUUUGGAUCAGUACAAGAACGUCGGCAACCCGAUUGCGCACUACGAGGGUACCGGACGCGAAAUUGCGGAGCAACUCGAGAAAAAACUGGACGUCAUGGUCCUUACUACCGGAACCGGUGGCACCCUCACCGGCGUCUCUCGCCGACUGAAAGAAGACAUUCCCUCGGUCAAAGUCGUCGGGGUCGAUCCCAAGGGGUAUUUCUACCGCUACUGGUUGAACGCCUAGAAAUUUAACUUUUCUAAAAUAGAUACAGCUAUCGAAAUUUAACAAGAUUUCCGUAUGGUCUUGAUCAAAUUCUGCUGAGUAGACAUUCUUUUGCAAGCCGAUGGAUAGAACAAACUGAUUCGAGCAUGAUUACUUCUGAAAUCCAUAAAUGAAAUAACCUUCUUGUUCGUACCUCUAUGAUUACGAGGACGGUGAUUUGGAGAUUGAUCGCAUACUACCCCACUACAGCUCUAUCCUUGCGCUUCCGGAAAACUUGAACGAGGAGAAGCGGCUUCAGCCUUACGCCGUUGAGGGCAUCGGGUAUUUCCUUGUUCAUCAGAUGGUAAUAUCUGAUUCAGAAAUGAAAUGCAAAGAAGUUGCCAUUUCUCUUCCUCCAUCACAAUCAUCCUGUUGUAGCACGACUAACGAUACAUACUUGUUCAAUCUAUCAAAAUGAAAUUACUUUUCUUGUCAUCUUCUUCACAAGUUCGACUUCCACUACCAUCUCUACUAGAUACGAUUUCAUUCCGUCGGUGUUGGAUCGCGAAGAAGGCGCAGAUUCUUGGGUGAAAACCGACGAUGCUGAUGCUUUCAAGAUGGCCCGCAGUAUCAUCCGACACGAAGGAAUUAUGGUCGGUGGUUCCUGCGGUUCCUGCAUGGAUGGCGCGCUCAAGUUACGGAACAAAUUGCUCAUCUAUAAUACUUGUAGAAUGAAAUUCUGAGAUUUUUGUUGACGCCGCGAAUUGGUCGUUCGACAGCCUCUUUUUACUUUCAAAGUAGUAAGGAUUCAGACGUGGUAGUAAAAACCAAUAUUUAUGAAUAAGUACACACGUGUUGCUUCAAUUAGAAGAAGUACAACAAAACGUGCAACUACAUCAAGAAGAUCAACUCCCAUAUUUAUAUUAUUUCUGCAUCUGCCUCUAAGACCCUUCAUCCAAGAUUCGGGCAUGACGGAGGGCCGCAUUUGCGUCCUCUUCUCGGACAGCACACGUAACUACAUGAGCAAGUUCCUCGACGACGCUUGGAUGGAGAAGAACAACUUUCCGUUGGAAAUCUACGGUGGAAACAAGUAA